AUGUAUCCCAAUAGCUCAACAUGUACCAAAUCAUGUAAUUUGAUUACCUAUUUUUUGAGUGUCUACACCGUAUGUAGGGUGAUCCCUAGCACUCCUAAGCAACACCAAGUGUCUCACCUUCAAGUCGGGCUACCAUUCGCUGUAGUCACAACCGAACCAUCGUCUAACAUUUCGCAAAACUUAAGAAUGCACCGCGCGAUCGAACUGGGCUGUACCGCAUUUAUCGUAGAUGAGGACUCCGCCAUUCAGUUUCUUGAUAGUUACAUUCCAGUUCAUGAUGGAACAAUUUUCCGUCGACCGGAGAAGUACAUUAUCCUGUCGAUUCACUCUAUUGGUCCGGCAGCGGAGAUGCUGCUACGAAAAAUUCAACAACAUCCCGCAAUCGAGGAAAUCGCGAAUUUGCUGCUGGUGGUAACUAAUUCCAGUAAAAUCGAUUUACUGACGCAUCGUUAUGUGGGCAACCUGCCGAAAUCCCGGGAGUUGAUACUACUGGAUUCCUUUCGAGUAGAGAAUCAAACUUUUGACCGCGGGAGCAAUUUGUUUCCGGAUAAAUUGUCCAACCUAAUGGGAAAAAGGAUGCGCGUAGCAACCUUCCAGCUUCUACCGUGGUCAAUGAUGCGUCAAGCAGACGACGGGAUCGUGCGAUAUCUGAACCAGUCGUACACCAUAGAUGGACUGGAUGGGUAUAUUCUAAUUCAGUUUUGCCUAUGGUACAAUUGCACCUGGGAUCUUUCAGUUGAUCAAGAAAACCAAUACGGCGUUGUAUUUGAAAACCAUACCGGAAACGGAAUGAUCGGAUCGUUAGUAGAACGCAAAGUUGAUGUUGCAAUUGGAGCAGUCGGCGCUUGGGCUUCACUAUUUCAGUACUUUAGCUUUUCGAAUCCGAUCAUGUGGAUCGGAGUUACAUCGCUUGCUCCAAGACCUAGGUUAAUUCCAUCGUGGAAAAUCGUUUUUAUGAUGUUCACCAAAACCGUUUGGUUUCUCCUAAUUGCCACUUACAUAUUGAUCGUGUUUUUUGACUACUAUUUGCCGAAAAGUGCUGCAUCACAUUUGCAAUACAAGAAGAGUCUAUCACGAAGUUUCCUCAAUGUGUUCGGCGCGUUUCUGCUGUUACCGUCUGAAUUGAGAAGAGGUCGCAUUUCUGAAAACAUUUUAUCGAUUUCACUGCUAGUUGUUACUUUCCUUGUUGGAUACGUUUAUAUUGGAAAAAUUCAUAGCAUUCUUGCGGUUCCAGUUUUUCAACCCCCCAUCGACACAAUUUACGAUUUGGCUAUGAGUAAUAAACACUGGAAUGCACCGCAUGAAGCUUGGAUGUACGCACUGAUUGGAUCCCUAAAUCCGUACGUCCAAAAGAUCCUGUCAACCUUCAAAGUUACUCCAAUCGAUGAACUUAAACGCAUCGCAGAUGAAGGUGACGAGGCUUUGGUUUUCGCCGUGCUUAAUUUUGGGCAUUUUAUGGUCGGACCCUGGUUUACGGCGGAGAACAUCGAAAACUACCGACUAAUGUCGGAGCUGAUUUACUUUGAAUAUGAUACGGCGUAUGCUAGCAAAACCUGGCCCCUGUUGGACCGAUUUGACUACCUUACCGGAUGGAUUCGCGAUGCCUGCCUGUGUCGCUAUGUGGAAUUGGUGGAUGUCUAUCACUAUAUGAAUUAUAGAGUUCAAAUCUCGAUCGAGCAUUCACGAGACAAACCACAUAACGUGCUGAAGCCUUUCGGAGUGGAUAGCAUCGAGGGUGGCCUGCUCAUGCUUGGUUGCGGUUACUUAGCGGCACUGGCAGCACUGAUUUUCGAGAUUUUCACACGGAAGCUUGAGAAACAAAGAGAGAUAGCCAAACGGUUGGCAGGCAAGUGGAGGCAGCAGAUACAACGAAAUAGGGGCAUUCAAAGGAGCCGGCAUCAUCAACGUGCACUGCCCGGACCCAACGAUGAGAAGGAUGCAUUCUACGCGAGGAUGAAGGCAACGCACGACAGCUGCUCGCCACCGGACAUCACGAUCGUCAUCCGGGAUAUGAACGCCAUGGUUGGUAGGGAAGAAAUGUGUAGACCGGUAAUAGGAUCCCAUAGUCUGCACGUCGACACGACCGAUGACGGUCAACGAUGUAUAUACUACGCAGCUUCCAGUGGCCGAGCAGCGUUUCCUUUAGAUGAGAUCCUGAACUUGCUAAUACUCUUACCAACCGUCACACAGGAGUCAAUUGAUAUUUUGACACAUAAUUAUGCAGUCGAAAGUAGACAAACGAGAGAUCUUCUUUUGCUGGAUUCGUACGAUAUUGGUAGUGAAAAAUUCCGUUAUGGUAGUAAUUUAUUACCGGACAAAAUGGCUAACCUUCAAGGUAAAACGAUAAGGGUGGCGACUUUCACCUUCAUCCCCUAUAUGGUGUAUAAGGAAAGUGAACCAAGUUUUCCGCUGGUACAAUUCGACCAUCAAGCCCUUGAGCUGGACUGUUCAGAAGGACUGAUACUCACGCAGUUUUGCGGAAAGUAUAACUGUACCCUCGAUAUGAUAAUAGACGAAGAAACCAUGUGGGGCGAUGUGUAUGACAACAAGACGGGUAAGGGAAUCCUUGGUAAUCUGGUCGAACGCCGCGCUGACAUUGGGCCCACAAUAGUAAAGCUUUUGUCACGCUUCGAGGUACACCCACCGGACGAACUGGAACGGAUGGCCGACAAAGGCGAUGUAGCCUUCUGUAUGGGUCGUCAACAAAAUGGACAUCUCGUGUUUGGAAGCUGGAUAACCGAUCGGAACGCUCACCAGUAUCAGCUUUUAGUUGAGGAUUUAUAUUUUGUGUACCACGUUGCAAUGGCGACCAAAACAUGGCCGUUAAUGGAGCGAUUCAACGAAAUGAUUCUGCGCACCACAGAUGCCUCGGUUCGCUACUAUCAGGAACUGGUGGCGUAUAACAAGUAUCUGAACCCGUACAUUAACAAUUUGGUCGAUCAUGCGCGACGAAGAACACCGAAAGAGCCCAGUGCGGUGGUGCUAAAGGAUUUUCUUGGUGCAGUAAUUAUUUUGGGGUUCGGAACGACAUUCGGUGUAAUAGUGUUUUUAGUCGAAUUAUUGAUAGCUCGUUUUGCUACUUCACAGCUGGAGAGAAAACAUUAG